AAUCAAUUAUCUCAUUUUGUUGUAAAACCAAAAAGUAUCCAACCCUUCUACCAACAACAUCAAUUGUGAUAGUGUUCCACAACGAAGCUUGGUCAACCCUGCUUAGGACUGUGUGGAGUGUAAUAAAUAGGUCGCCUAGACCGCUAUUGAAAGAAAUUAUUUUAGUUGACGAUGCAAGUGAAAGAGAACAUUUAGGCAAAAAAUUAGAAGCGUAUGUGAAAACACUUCCAGUUCCGGUUUAUGUUCUUCGAACAGAAAAACGAUCGGGCCUGAUAAGAGCUCGUCUUCUGGGAGCUAAACAUGUGAAAGGUCAGGUGAUUACCUUCCUGGAUGCUCAUUGUGAGUGUACUGAGGGAUGGUUGGAGCCUCUGCUUUCUAGAAUAGUUGAAGAUAGGAAGACAGUUGUUUGUCCAAUAAUUGAUGUAAUAUCGGAUGAAACUUUUGAAUAUAUUACUGCUUCAGAUAUGACUUGGGGAGGAUUCAAUUGGAAGUUGAACUUUAGGUGGUAUCGAGUACCUCAAAGAGAAAUGGACAGGCGAAAUGGAGACAGAACCGCCCCUCUGAGAACCCCAACAAUGGCAGGGGGACUUUUUUCCAUUGAUAGGGACUAUUUUUAUGAGAUUGGCUCCUAUGAUGAAGGAAUGGAUAUUUGGGGUGGAGAAAACUUGGAAAUGAGUUUUAGGGUAUGGCAGUGCGGUGGGACACUAGAAAUUAUCCCUUGCUCCCAUGUUGGGCACGUUUUCAGAGAUAAGUCCCCUUACACUUUCCCAGGCGGUGUCUCGAAAAUUGUGCUGCACAAUGCGGCCAGAGUAGCCGAGGUUUGGAUGGACGAAUGGGGAGAAUUUUAUUACGCCAUGAAUCCAGGUGCAAGAAAUGUACCUGUUGGAGACAUUUCUUCGAGACGAGAAUUGAGAAGCAAACUGAAAUGUAAAAGCUUCAGGUGGUACCUGGAAAACGUUUAUCCCGAGUCCCAGAUGCCAUUGGAGUACUAUUACUUGGGAGAUAUACGUAAUGUGCAAACUAAGAAUUGCCUGGACACAAUGGGAAGGAAGUCCGGAGACAACGUAGGAAUGACUUAUUGUCAUAAUUUAGGUGGAAAUCAAGUGUUUGCUUACACGAAGAGACAACAAAUUAUGUCGGAUGAUAAUUGUCUUGAUGCAAGCUCUAGGACAGGACCUGUUAAACUAGUAAGAUGCCAUGGAAUGGGUGGUAAUCAAGCUUGGCUUUAUGAUGUAGUGGACAAAACCAUCAAGCAUGUUAACACUGGCAGUUGCUUAACAAAACCUGACAGUAGUGACGUCAACCUGCCCCUAUUGAAAGCCUGCAGUUUCGGAGAGGGUCAGCAAUGGAUAAUGGAAAGUGAUUUCAAAUGGCAAGCAAGGCACCACCAGGAAGACAACUAGACAUACCAGUGGGUGAUGCAGUGUGAUAUUAAUUAAUUCUGUAAAAUAUUUUCAGGAUGCUGUGGAAUCCUGAAAAGUGGUGAAAAUUUUCAUAACAGUUCAGGAACUUCUUGAAUUAUUUUUUUUAAAGAAGAGUACAAUUACAAUUUUGAAUUAGUACAGGAUUAUCAUUUUUGUUGUAUACAUUUUUUCUUAUUCA